AUGGUCCAAUGCCGAUGCGACAGAGACACCCCGUCUCCCACCCUGGAUGAGAUCUUUUCUGGGCCCAUGUCUGAAAGCGUGCCGACCGCCUCCAGCUCCUUCUUCCAUAGGCGAUCGAGGAGAGAUUCGACGGCCAGCUUUGCCUUUUAUGAGGAAGAGCGCGACUUCGAUGAGGAGGAGUAUGCGGAAGAGGCGCUGAUCAUUGGGGAAGAGGGCCUGGAGAGCCAGAGUCUGAAUGGCGAGAACACAUUUCUUGAGCCAGAAAUGGACCGAGACCUUGAGAACGGGUACGAGAAUGGUUCGAUAGCUUCGCCUAGGCCACGAAAUGGUAGCAAAGGGUCGGGUGAUUCAAGAACCUCAAGGAGUUCAAGAGGCGCUCGCAGAUCAGAAGACUCUACCCGGCAUUCGUUACAGAGUCCUCUCUUGAGACGGCACCACUCCGAGGGAUCAGAGACGAGUGGUUUCCGCGUCGGUGGCAGGAUCAGCCAGAAAAUCUACAUCUUGACCGAGGACAUGACUAUCGUGGCCACAGGUUUCAAGACAUCGCUAUUUGGCUUCGCAUUGUACUCGGCACUAUCUCUCUGCACUGGUGGGGUGGCGUACUUACUCCUGCGCUGGCUUCCACGAUGGUACGUGAAGCUCGUAGGUAGGCAAACGCCGCUGGGCGAGUGCGACUGGGUCGUCAUUGAAAAUCAAUGGGGAGAGAUGGAGGUCAAGGACUUGAGCAAACAGGAAUUUGGCCAAUCUCUGUCACAAGUCUUUGGCGUCAGCAAAGCCAAGUGGCAGGACUACGACGAAUAUGAUGAUCCAAUUCUCGACGAGUUGCGCAUCCUCGAUUACCGCUACAUUCGGUUCGCAUACCACCCAUCAAAGGACAAAUUCGUACUUGGCAAUACUUGGAAGGAUCCUGCUUGGACAAACAUCACCGCUGUACGAGCAGGUAUCGAUGGUGAUGAGCAGGGCAUCCGAGAGCGCAUCUUUGGCAAGAAUGCGAUUGAAAUUCAGCAGAAGACCAUUGGUCAGCUCCUGAUGGACGAGGCUUUCCACCCAUUUUACGUCUUCCAGAUCGCCAGCAUUAUUCUGUGGUCCCUGGACUCGUACUACUACUAUGCCGCCUGCAUCUUUGUCAUCUCUGUAGUCAGUGUCACAACCACUCUCAUCGAGACGAGAGCGACCAUGAACCGAUUGCGAGACAUUGCGCGCUUUGAGUGCGACAUUCGCGUGCUUCGCGGCGGUUUCUGGCGCUACGUGGACUCGAGCGAGCUUGUGCCGGGAGACGUCUACGAAGUCACGGAUCCCAAUCUUGGUCAAUUCCCAUGCGACAGCAUACUUCUAUCAGGUGACUGCAUCGUCAAUGAAAGCAUGCUUACAGGUGAAUCUGUGCCAGUCUCCAAGACUCCAGGUUCAGACGACACUCUAGAGAUGCUGAAUUUGAGCGCAUCCACGAUUCAUGCCGAUGUCGCCAAGCAUAUGUUGUUCAGCGGUACGAAGAUCAUUAGAGCUCGACGACCACAGGAUGACAAGAGUGACGAGGCUGCUGCCUUGGCCCUUGUGGUCAGAACUGGGUUCAAUACCACCAAAGGCGCCUUGGUCCGAUCGAUGCUCUUCCCCAAGCCCUCCGGAUUCAAGUUCUAUCGAGAUUCCUUUCGAUACAUCUCCGUCAUGGCAGUCAUUGCUGGAAUCGGUUUCAUUGCCUCGCUCGUCAACUUUAUUCGUCUCGGAUUGGAAUGGCACCUCAUUGUCGUUCGCGCAUUGGACCUCAUCACGAUCGUUGUUCCGCCAGCACUCCCUGCGACUCUUACCAUUGGCACCAACUUUGCGCUCAGUCGUCUAAAGGGCAAGCAGAUUUUCUGCAUUAGCCCGCAGCGUGUCAAUGUUGGUGGCAAGAUCGAUGUCAUGGCAUUCGACAAGACAGGAACUCUUACUGAGGAUGGCCUCGAUGUUCUGGGUGUACGCGUUGUCUCGCGCCCGGCUAAUAGAUUCAGCGAUCUGUUGACCGAGUCGCAUACCCUGCUACCUGGUGCUCAGUAUGAACGAGAUCCUACCAUGGACUACAAUGCCAACAAGGCAAUCUUAUACACCAUGUCAACUUGCCAUUCGCUCCGUAUCGUGGAUGAUGAAUUCAUUGGCGACCCGCUUGACCUUAAAAUGUUCGAAUGGACCGGCUGGCAGUAUGAGGAAGGUGCUGAGCCAACGGGCGAAGAAGAAGAAAACAAUUCGCUUGUGCCUUCCGUCGCUCGACCACCACCUGGCAUGGAAUUCGAUCUCGAUGAAGAGCAAGGCACUCCCGAAAGCCGAAGAGCAAUCGAGCUCGGUGUCAUGAGGUCUUUCGAAUUCGUGUCGCAGCUUCGCCGUGCUAGCGUUGUUGUACGACAAAUGGGCGGCAAAAGUGCAGACGUCUUCGUCAAAGGCGCUCCUGAAGCAAUGAAGACCAUCUGCAAGCCCGAGAGCUUCCCUCCUGACUACGAUGAUCUGUUGGCAUAUUACACCCAUCGUGGCUACCGUGUGAUCGCAUGCGCAACAAAGCACAUCUUCAAAUUCAACUGGCUCAAACUACAAAAGCAGAAGCGAGAUCAGGUUGAGUCUGACCUCGACUUUGCUGGCUUCAUCAUCUUCGAGAACAAGCUGAAAGAAAGCACAACGAAAAUCAUCGAGGAACUCCGCGAUGCCAACAUUCGCACUGUGAUGUGCACCGGAGACAACAUUCUUACUGCCAUCAGUGUGGCCAGAGAGUGCAGCCUCAUCGACAAGACUGCGCAUUGCUUCGUCCCACAUUUCGUUGACGGUGAUGCGCACACGGCACUUUCCAAGCUGUGCUGGGAAUCGGUCGACAAUCCGGUCUACCAGCUUGAUGAGAACACUUUGAAGCCAUUACCACCGCCAGCCGAGCACGACUCUUCGCUACCAUACGACGUCACCAAUCUUCGUAAUUACUCCGUGGCCGUGUCUGGCGAUGUGUUCCGCUGGAUGGUGGAUUUUGCAUCGCCUAAAGUCCUGCGAGAAAUGCUUGUCGUCGGCCAAGUCUUUGCACGCAUGUCGCCAGAUGAAAAGCACGAGCUCAUCGAAAAGCUCCAAAGCAUCGAUUACUGUGCCGGCUUUUGCGGUGAUGGUGCCAACGACUGCGGUGCCCUCAAAGCAGCAGAUGUUGGCAUCUCGCUUUCCGAGGCCGAAGCGUCCGUGGCUGCUCCUUUCACAAGUCGUGUCUUCGAUAUCUCCUGUGUCCCGUCGGUCAUACGCGAAGGCCGUGCCGCGCUCGUCACCAGCUUCAGCUGCUUCAAGUACAUGUCCCUGUACUCGGCCAUUCAGUUCACGUCGGUCAGCUUCCUCUACGCCUCUGCCAGCAACCUCGGCGAUUUCCAAUUCUUGUACAUUGAUCUACUCCUCAUCCUCCCGAUCGCCAUCUUCAUGGGUUGGACGGGACCAUAUCCCGAACUCUCCCGAAAGCGACCUACCGCCAGUCUGGUCAGCCGAAAAGUCCUCACUCCACUGCUAGGACAAAUCGUUCUUUGCGUGGUCGUGCAAUUCAUCGGAUGGUGGUUUGUACGACAACAGCCCUGGUACCAACCACCCAUCAUCGACCCGGAGCACUCCAACAGCUUGAACUCAGAGAACACGGCAUUAUUCAACAUUUCAUGCUACCAGUACAUCCUCUCCGCCAUUGUACUUUCCGUCGGCAAGCCAUUCCGGCAAUCCAUGCGACACAACUUACCCUUCGUGAUCACCAUCCUAGUCGCACUUGCCAUUUCAAGCUACAUGCUCUUCGACCCUGCUCCAUGGGUUGAAGGUUUGAUGGAGUUGACGUGGAUGAGCGUCAGUUUUCGUUUAUUCGUCCUUGCGCUGGGGAUCGGUGGGUUUGCAGUAUCGUACGUGGCUGAGAGACAGCUGUUUCCGCAUUUGGCGAGAUUGAUUGGGAAAGUCAAGCAGAGGAUGAGUAAGACGCCGAAGAAGAGGAAGGAGUAUAAGAUUAUCGCGGAGGACAUGCGCAUAUGA